AUGGCGACUGCUCAGAAACAAAGGACUUCUCUGAGCGCGGCCAUAUUUCCCACUAAAAUAACCACCGAGCAGCAGUCACUGGUAUUAGUGAAGAGGUUACUGGCCAUCGCCGUCUCCUGCAUAACUUACCUGAGAGGCAUCUUUCCAGAAUGCGCCUAUGGGACAAGAUAUCUGGACGAUUUCUGUGUGAAAAUACUAAGGGAAGACAAAAACUGCCCUAGCUCCAGCCAGCUGGUGAAAUGGAUGUUGGGGUGCUAUGAUGCGCUGCAGAAAAAAUAUCUGCGACUAAUCAUGCUGGCGGUCUACACUGACCAGGAGGACCCACAGACCAUUACGGAGUGCUACCAGUUCAAGUUCAAAUACACCGAGAACGGCCCAUCCAUGGACUUCACAAGUAAAAACCCAGAGAACAAUUCCAAUGUCACGUGCGUGGAUACUAAGAAAGCCAGCAUCCUACUGAUUAGAAAGAUUUAUGUCCUGAUGCAGAAUUUGGGUCCGCUGCCUGAUGAUAUCUGCCUCACGAUGAAACUCUUCUAUUAUGACGAAGUUACUCCGGCCGACUACCAGCCUCCAGGAUUCAAGGAGGGCGAGUGUCAAGAGAUCGCCUUUGAGGGGGAACCUACUUUCCUAAAUGUGGGUGAAGUUCCCACCCCUUUCCAUAAGUUGAAGGUCAAAGUGACGACGGACAAAGAGCGAAUGGAGCGAGUGGAUAAAACUAUCCUGAGGCAAAGCAGCUCUUUGACUUCUUCCGAUGGAGGACAGGAACAGGAAAGGGAUGAAGAUUUUAUUGGCGAAGAUAGGAUAAGACAGCAGAAAAUGGCACGCCGGUCUCUGUGUUCUGAAGAAGUAAACUUAAUAUACGAGGAACAUGAGGAAGAAAACAGAAAAAGAGACGAAACUUCGAAUGUCUCCAACCAUAACGCUCAGGUGGCGCAUCUCAUAAAUAAGACAUCCGAACUCGAAGUGGCCGAGAGCAAGACCCGGAGCGGGAAGCAGUUUCAGGGGAAUACAGUCUAUCAUAUUGACUUCUCUUCGAGUCAAGAAUCCGGGUGCAAACGGCGAAAAAUUAGUGAACCGAGGAAAAAAAUUUAGAUAUAAGUUUCCUGAUGUUUCGUUUUCCUUCCCUUCCUGCAGCUUGUUUCACAGGAAGAAUAUAUUUAAAUAAGUUAAUAAUAUUGAAUGUUCUUCAAUGCUUUACAGUGAAAAAUACAAGAUUUUAAUUCAGAUAGACUUGAUAAAAUUCAG